CCCUACCUUUGUAUUCGUCGCUGUCAAUCACUAUACUACGCGGAAAAAGAGAUAUAAAUUAUUAUAUAUUUUGUUUUUGUCGGGUUCGACGCUAAAGUUUAUCAGUUUUUCUUUGUUGGAAGUCGCCUUCUGCGCCAGUGAGUGUAAAGGCUGCACUUUCAACGGAUCUAUUUUCAUUUUCUCGUGAUCGAAUAUUAAACGUCGCAAUAUUUGCAACAUGAAGGCUGUAUAUGCCAUUGCUUGCCUUCUGGCUCUGUCUGCUGUGUCAGCUGAUGUCUGCUACAAUGAAGUGUCAAUGGAAUGUGGCAGGGCCACCAGUAGCUUAGCCCUGCCCAGCUGUAACGCUGUGUAUGGAAACUUCGGUCGUCAAGGAAACGUAGCUAACGAGCUGCAGGCGUACGCCAAUCUGCACCUGCGCAGGUCUUAUGAAUACCUGCUGUCUGCCGCGUAUUACAACAACUACCAGACCAACAGGGAUGGUUUCCACAAGCUCUUCAAGAAGCUCUCCGAUGAAGCUUGGGCAAAGACAGUUGAGAUUAUCCAACAUGUAACCAAAAGAGGCGGUACCAUGGACUUCCGUUCCCGCAGCUCUCUGGAGACAGAAGCCAGGGAGAGCACCCUGGAGCUGCAGGAAUUAGAGUCGCUCGCUCACGCUCUAGACACACAGAAGGAAAUGGCUGAACGCGCAUUCUUCAUCCACCAGGAGGCCACCAGGAACAACCACAAGACCCACGAUCCUGAGAUCGCACAGUAUUUGGAAGAGGAAUUCAUCGAAGACCAGGCCAAGACCGUCAGGGACCUCGCUGGACACACGUCCGACCUCAAACAGUUCAUCACAGCUAACGAAGGCAAGGACCUCUCCCUGGCCCUCUACCUGUUCGACGAGUACCUCCAGAAAGUCGUCUAAAUUAAUAUCUCAAAUUAAUUAAAAUACUAUGUCAUUUAAAUUCGCCAUAUUAGUAAGUGUUACUGGCAACACUGCGUACAAAAUAUAGGCUGUUAGUUUGUGAUUUAUUUUUUCAUUAAAGUCACUAAAAUAUUAUUUUAAGUUAAUAAAAAUGUAUGCUCAUUAUUGAUUUUUCAGUUAUUUUCAAAUAAAAAUUUAAUAACCACCGUUA